ACAUCGAAUUUUUUCUCCAGUCUUUCUUCAGACACUUCCUCCCUCCUUCACUGGUGUAUGGAAGCCGAGCGCCGCGAAAACUUGUAAUUGCUGCGUUACUGAUGGAGAGCUUUCGCCCUCAGAGAUCCGUCGGCUCUGAUCGCUUCCUCGCUCCCUUCUACCCGCAGAACGCCGGGGAUGUCGUCGGCGUCGAGCUCGACGAGGAUGAGCUCUUCUCUACAGGAAUCGAGUCGCCGGAGCCGGAAUAUCCCCCUCGCCUCCAACCCUCCCCGACGAACCUUAAUUCUAACCAUAGUAGAAGCCCGAUUUUCCUCUCGCGAAGCACGAGGGACGGAUUCCAGGAGAGGAAUUUCGGCAUCCUGGCAGCCCUUCCUGAAGAAGAAACGAAGAUCCAUCUUGUUCAACGAAAGCCUUCAAUCUCCCUCUCUUCCUCGCCUUCCACUUCCCCUUCUCCAUCGUCGUCCUCCGCUAGGCUGAUUCCGUCUAUACCAACUCCCAGAUCGGAUUUCUCGCUAUCCGUUUUGGGAGGGAAGAUCUACCACCAAUCGGCGCCGGUGAACGUUCCCGUCGCUCCGCAGCGGUUGAGGAAAGCAGCGGUUAAUCUGAACAAGGGAGAAAGAGUUGCUGAUGCCGUUGAUGAUGACGAUGAUGAUGAGAUGCUUCCGCCUCAUGAGAUCGUGGCCAGGGCAUCUGGAAGGAUAUCGCCACUGACGACCUUCUCUGUUCUGGAAGGCGCAGGGAGGACUCUCAAGGGCAGAGAUCUGCGCCGGGUACGUAAUGCUGUCUGGCGAGAGACUGGUUUCCUUGAUUGAUUGUUGAAGUGACAAUGCUUUCUGAAAUGAAAUCUGAAUCUUUUUGGUUUUCAUAUGAAUUAUUAUGUUUUAAGUAAAAGUAGAAU